AUCAAUUUUUCUUUGUUUACUUUUAAAUCCUAGUAUGGGCUGUAAUGUUCAGAAAUAAAAGAAUUAAUCAAAUAAACACCAUCAACCUUCAUAAGAGAUAUUAGAAAUAGAAAGAAUCAAUCAUUAAAAUGAAACUUAGACUCAUGGGUAAAAGACUGAUAUAAAGGAAACAGAAAACUUAAUUUCACAAUAAUCAUAAAUUGGUAAAAGACUUAAACACAUGGCUAGUGGUGAGGAACUUCAUAAAUUUAUCAAUAAAAGACACAGCAACCCAUAGAGCUCCUUUGGAUAUAUUAAAAACUCCCCAGAUUAAAGAAAAAAGUAGUCCUUGAUGAACAGUCCUAAACUAUGAAUUUUAUUUUUUUCUUGUAUUUUUGAUUCUAAAC